AUGUCUGCGAACUCACAACAAAGUACAAACAAACAGAUUUUAUAUUGGAAUUAUUAUGGAAACAUGGAGAAAAGCCCAGGUUUUAUGGAACGUUCUUUAGAUAUUGCUGGAAACAGUCAUAAAAUGGUUAAAGAAAGCGAAUAUGAAGAAGAAGAUUUUAAUAAGAAAAAGGAGUAUAUGGAAUUGGUUAUUAGAAAAAUGAAAGAGAGAAAUUUAUCAUUAAUAGAUGCUAUAGAUAACAUCUUGGAUAAUGCAGAAAAUAAAGAAGAACAUUCUGCUAAGAUUGAAAUCUUAAUUCCUUUUA